GCCCGCAGAUCUGAAUCUGCGUCAACGGUCCACAGCCGGUCCACACUUUAAGAGCCGCGUGUCUCCUCUCAAAACACACUUCUCUAAUCCAGAGCUAGACCAGUCGAUCAUGGCACGAACCAAGCAGACCGCCCGUAAGUCCACCGGAGGCAAAGCCCCCAGGAAGCAGCUGGCCACCAAGGCUGCCCGUAAGAGCGCCCCGGCCACCGGCGGCGUGAAGAAACCUCACCGUUACAGGCCCGGUACCGUGGCUCUGAGAGAGAUCCGUCGCUACCAGAAAUCCACGGAGCUGCUGAUCCGCAAGCUGCCCUUCCAGCGUCUGGUGAGGGAAAUCGCUCAGGACUUCAAGACGGAUCUGCGCUUCCAGAGCUCCGCUGUUAUGGCUCUGCAGGAGUCCAGCGAGGCUUACCUGGUGGGUCUGUUCGAGGACACCAACCUGUGCGCCAUCCACGCCAAGAGGGUCACCAUCAUGCCCAAAGACAUCCAGCUGGCCCGUCGCAUCCGCGGAGAGCGAGCUUAAACCUUCUGAUUCUCCUAUCACAACGGCUCUUUUAAGAGCCACCACACUUUCUCUAAAGAACAUGAUUCUUAUUGUGGUACCUCAAAUGUAUAUGCAUCUAUUUUUAAAAUUUAAUUGUUUUUGUAAGUUAAAAAAUGAUUGA